UGAGAAUCGCAUUUCAUCGGCGUGGUCGGCCAUGUCGCUCUUCAUGAUUGUUGGGUCCAAGGAGCCGCUGUACUCGCUUGAUGUGAAGCCUCGUAAGGAAGAGACGGCGCAUGUGGAUGAAUUCGUGCUGCAUUCGGCGCUGGACAUCGUCCAUGAGUCCAUGUGGACGAACAACAACAUGUGGAUGAAAGUCGUCGACAAGUUCAACGACCAAUUCGUGUCGGGUUUUGUCACGGCGACGACAGUCAAGUUCCUCCUCCUCCAUGAAAGCCGCAACGAAGAUGCGAUCAAGCUCUUCUUCCAGGAAGUGUACGAUCUGUACGUGAAGCUCCUUUUGAAUCCGUUCUACGCCCACGAUUCGCUCAUCACGUCGCCGGACUUUGACCUUCGCGUCCGCGCAUUAGCAAAGCGAAUCUUGUAACAUCUCCAGUCUUCUCUCA